UGUCCCGGUCCCUCUCCUCCUGUCCCGGCCGGGCAUGGCGGACGAGGGUGCCGUCACGGUGUGCGUGCGUGUGCGGCCGCUCAUCGCCAGAGAAAAUGCCUCAGGAGAUAAAGUGUCCCUGCACUGGAGAAGUGAGAAUAAUACUGUUUCCGACGUGAGUGGUACCAAAGUAUUUAGUUACGAUCGUGUCUUUCACUCAAGUGACAACACUCAGCAGUUGUAUGAUGGUGUGGCUGUUCCAAUUAUACAGUCAGCUGUACGAGGCUAUAAUGGCACAAUUUUUGCUUAUGGACAGACUGCUUCAGGGAAGACUUACACAAUGAUGGGGAAUGAAGAUUCCGUGGGCAUUAUCCCUAAGGCAAUUCAACAUGUGUUCAAAAUUAUUUGUGAGAUUCCAGAUAGAGAAUUCCUGCUAAGGGUUUCUUACAUGGAAAUCUACAAUGAAACAAUUACCGAUUUGCUUUGUGAUAAUAGGAAAAAGAAGCCUCUGGGAAUUCGUGAGGAUGUUAAUAGGAAUACAUAUGUAGAAGAUCUGAUUGAAGAAGUGGUAGUUGCCCCAGAACAAGUUAUGGAAUGGAUCAGAAAAGGAGAAAGAAAUCGCCAUUAUGGAGAAACAAAGAUGAAUGAACACAGCAGCCGUUCUCACACUAUCUUCAGAAUGAUCAUUGAAAGCAGAGAACGAAGUGACCCUGCAAAUGCAAACUGUGAUGGAGCAGUCAUGGUUUCCCACUUGAACUUGGUAGAUCUGGCAGGCAGUGAAAGAGCUAGUCAAACAGGAUCUGAAGGUGUUCGACUGAAAGAAGGAUGCAAUAUAAAUCGGAGCUUGUUCAUUCUGGGUCAAGUUAUCAAAAAACUUUGUGAUGACCCUUCUGGCUUCAUAAAUUACAGAGACAGCAAGCUGACUCGAAUUCUGCAGAACUCCCUUGGAGGAAAUGCUAAAACAGUUAUUAUUUGUACAAUUACUCCUGUUUCUUUUGAUGAGACACUCAGCACUCUUCAGUUUGCCAAUACAGCCAAAGGAAUGAAGAAUACACCAAAAGUCAAUGAAGUUCUUGAUGAUGAUGCUCUCCUGAAGAGAUACCGCAAAGAAAUUCUGGAUUUGAAAAAGCAGCUGGAGGAAGUGUCUUCAAAAACUCAGAUUCAUGCAAUGGAAAAGGACCAACUAGCCCAACUGUUGGAAGAAAAAAAUUCCCUUCAAAAAGUACAGGAAGACAGAAUACGAAACUUAACUGAGAUGCUGGUGACUUCUGCUUCCUUUGCCUCAAAACAGAGUGUUAAAGGCAAGAGAAGAAGAAGAGUUACUUGGGCUCCUGGUAAAAUAAACCAAGCAAACGUGAGCUUUUUUGAAGACUUUGAAAAUGCAAUGCCGACUGAAACAAAAAAAAUGAAAUUGUCUCUGCCAGCAGUACCAGAUGUGGAGGAUUCUGCCUUAGAGAAUUCUGGGUAUGACAGCCAUUGCCUGAUGGUUCCUGAUCAAAUUUCAGAAGCAGAAUGGAUUGCUGGUCCUAACAUGAACUGGACUCAGAAAGACUUUGAAGAAUCUGUGCAGCUCUGUGAAGCAUUAGCACUAGAAAAGGAUAUUGCUGUAAAUGAGGUCAACAUCCUGCAAGCUAACUUUGAUAAUCUAGUGCUGGAAAAUGAGCAGUUGAAAUCAGAAAUAAAUGAACUGAAAGAGAGACUGAAGGAAAAAACAGAAAUAGAUGAAUUUGAAGCACUGGAAAAGCAAACACAAAAAGAUCAUGAGAUUCAACUAAUGCAUGAAAUUACCAACUUAAAGAAUCUAGUUUCAAAUGCUGAAGUGUACAAUGAGGAACUUGAGGCAGAAAUAAAUUCCAAACUGGAGCAGCUGAAAGAGAAAGAGAACAAAAUAAAAACAUUACAGAAGUGUGUGGAAGAACUACAAAAAGCAGGAGUGGCAAAAAAGGAGACAUCUUUUGUACAGGGAGAUUGUGAUAAACUAACUGAAGAAAUUCAGCAGCUGAAUAAAUCCCUCUUAGACAGUGAAGCCAUAGCCUUGGAUGCCAAAAAGGAAUCUGCUUUUCUCAGAAGUGAAAAUUUGGAAUUGAGGGAGAAGAUGAAUGAACUUUUAAAUAACCACAACCAAAUGCAAAAGGAUGUUCAGUUAUAUCAAAGCCAAAUAGAAGCGGGAAAAACCAGUUACCGUAAAAUGCAAGCUGACUUGCAGAGAGAACUGCAAUCUUUAUUUCAAGAAAACACAAGACUAACUUCACUGAUGGAGGGUAAAGUUCCAAAAGAUUUGCUUUCUCAUGUGGAGCUGGAAAAAAAGGCAGCUGACUUAAAAGGAGAACUAGAAAAUGCUUUGAAAGAGAAUGCACUUCUACAGAAACAAGUAAAUGAGCUAUCAGAAUUUCAAUCUCUACCAAAUACUGUUGAGAUGCAAAAGAAAGAGAUUCUUGAAAAAUGUGACGAGUUACGCUUAUUAAAAUUGGAAAAUGAAAAGCUCCUUUCUGAAGUAGCUGACAAUGAAAUGAGACUUAAACAUAUGUCUGAAGAAAUUGAAAAAUCAAAAGACAAUCUCACAGAUGUACAACUGAAAUGUACAAAGUCUGAUGAGGAAUAUGCAGCACUUAAACAGCUCCAUGAAGAAAUAGAACAAAAAUACAUAGCUGCAUCAGAAACCAAUGAACAAAUGAAGCUCCAAAUAGAAUGCCUAUCUAAAGAAGCACAAGAGUCUAAAACAAUUUUGGAUGAUCUGAAAUUAGAGCUCUCUAGCAAAAUGAAAGAACUGGAAGAGAAAGAAGCAGAGCAAAAACAACUUCUUGAGCUAAGAGAAAAUCUUGUUCGGGCUCAGCAGAAGUUAAACGAACUGGAACAAUUAAAAGAGGAAGAAAGGAUUAGUGAAGUGAGAAUUGAGGCAAAAGAUUUAGAGAUGGAGGUAGUCUUGCAGAAGCUUACAGAAUGUCAGGAAGAAAUAAAAACUCUAACCCAGGAAAGAGAUGACCUGAAGCAAAAAGGGGAGUUUCUCCAAGCUGAGACAGAGCAACUCAGAGAGGAUAUAAAGGACACUGUUUCAAUGAACAUCUUGGCACAUGAGGAUCUGAGAAAUACACAAAAUUCUCUGAAGGAAUCCCAGAAAACUGUCAAGAAGUUGGAAAAAAGUAUUUCCGAAAAAGAAUCUCAGAUUCUGAGUGUUGAAGAAGCACUAGGGAAAACCAUUCAAGAACUCCAAAUACAGAUCUCAGAAAUGACAGAAGAAAUGAAAAUCAUCACAUCAGAGAGAGAUCAGCUGGCUGAGGAGAAAUCAGGAAGUAAUAGCUGUAGAGAAAGUGAUCAGCUUCAGGUGCAAAAGGAACAAAUUAUUUUGCUUACACAAGAGAACCAUUCAUUGCAGGAGAAGCUGGACAGUUUACUUGUGAAAAAAGAGGAGUUCGGGGCAGGAAUUUUGAUACCACAGGUUCAAGGACAAUCUAUGGAGCAAGAGUUAUUUCUUCUGAGAGAAGAGCUGAGCCAGGCACAAUGGAAAUUGCAUGAAAUGGAGGAAGCAAAGGCCAGUGAAUACCAAAGGGAAUCUGAAAAAAUGGAGAGAGCAGAUGUUAUUCCAAAACCACAUAUCUCCCAGGAAGCCAGUACCCAAACAGAAAGAGAUGAUGAUGAGGAUUUUAAAAUGCAACUGGAAAAUCUCCAUAAUGAGAGAGACCAGCUAAGAGAAACUCUACAGGAGACAAUCAGCAAGAACUCUGAGAUGCAGGAGGAGUUGAGAUGUACUCGUGAAACUCUUGGACAACAUCAAGAGAAGAUUGUGGAGCUGAAAGGAAGCAUUUCAGAGAAAGAAAACCAGCUCUCAAAGGUGCAAGGGGCAUUGAAGGAAAAAACUGAGGAACUGCAGCAGAAGCUCACUGAAGUCACUGAAAACCUGACUCGUGUCUCAGCUGAGUAUGGCAACCUCCUGGCAGAAAAGCAACAAACUGAAAAGGCAAUGAGUGAGCAAGUGUGUCAGCAGCUUGAGAGAAUCACUUUACUUAACAAGGAGAAGGAUGAGCUUCAGCAAAUGGUAGAGACUUGUAAAGAAAGGGAAGAACACUUGUUACAGGUUCAGAGGCAGUCCGAGAUUUUGAAGGACAGCCUAACAAGCAAGAUCUCAGAAAUGACAGAAGAAAUGAAAAUCAUCACAUCAGAGAGAGAUCAGCUGGCUGAGGAGAAAUCAGGAAGUAAUAGCUGUAGAGAAAGUGAUCAGCUUCAGGUGCAAAAGGAACAAAUUAUUUUGCUUACACAAGAGAACCAUUCAUUGCAGGAGAAGGUGGACAGUUUACUUGUGAAAAAAGAGGAGUUCGGGGCAGGAACUUUGAUACCACAGGUUCAAGGACAAUCUAUGGAGCAAGAGUUAUUUCUUCUGAGAGAAGAGCUGAGCCAGGCACAAUGGAAAUUGCAUGAAAUGGAGGAAGCAAAGGCCAGUGAAUACCAAAGGGAAUCUGAAAAAAUGGAGAGAGCAGAUGUUAUUCCAAAACCACAUAUCUCCCAGGAAGCCAGUACCCAAACAGAAAGAGAUGAUGAUGAGGAUUUUAAAAUGCAACUGGAAAAUCUCCAUAAUGAGAGAGACCAGCUAAGAGAAACUCUACAGGAGACAAUCAGCAAGAACUCUGAGAUGCAGGAGGAGUUGAGAUGUACUCGUGAAACUCUUGGACAACAUCAAGAGAAGAUUGUGGAGCUGAAAGGAAGCAUUUCAGAGAAAGAAAACCAGCUCUCAAAGGUGCAAGGGGCAUUGAAGGAAAAAACUGAGGAACUGCAGCAGAAGCUCACUGAAGUCACUGAAAACCUGACUCGUGUCUCAGCUGAGUAUGGCAACCUCCUGGCAGAAAAGCAACAAACUGAAAAGGCAAUGAGUGAGCAAGUGUGUCAGCAGCUUGAGAGAAUCACUUUACUUAACAAGGAGAAGGAUGAGCUUCAGCAAAUGGUAGAGACUUGUAAAGAAAGGGAAGAACACUUGUUACAGGUUCAGAGGCAGUCCGAGAUUUUGAAGGACAGCCUAACAAGCAAGAUUCAUCAGUUAACUGAGACCCUAAAUAGUGUAUCAUGUGAGAAGGACCAAUUAUUAGCUGAAAGAACUAGUCACUCUUUACAACUUAAAGAACAAAUCUCAUCAGUUAAUCAUGAAAAAGAUGAGCUAGAAAAACUUCUUCAGGUUGUUAAGUCUGAGCGGGACCAGCUCAAGACAGAAUUGCAAAGAAAUUCUGAGAUGUGUGUUGAAACAAAGGCAAAACUGGAAGAUGCUUUAGAACAACUGAAGCAGAGAAACCUGAGCAAUAUGUCCAUUCAGGUAAACCCAGUGGAUAUUGCAAAGCAGGUGGCUGAUGGCAACUUGAAAGAAAAAACCUUGAAAAUUAAGGAGCUUCUUGAGAAAUUCCCAAGUAUGGGGAAGAGAUAUGAAUGUCUCUCUACAGUGUCUCUUAAGCUGAAGAGUGAACUGAACAGUCAGAAAGCACUGAUGGCUGUGAUACUGCCUCAGCUUACACUGGAGCAGAGUAAACAAGUCAAAACACUUCAGACUAAAAAUGAGGAAAUGAACACUCGUCUCCAGAAGUUAUUGACCAAAUUGAAGCUUCUGUUCAGCUCUGUUUGCACAAAGAGAAGAGAGUACCACACUACUGUUCACAAGUAUGAAAUGGAAUUGCUUGAGGAAAAGAGAAGACAAGAUGACCUGCAGUCCCAGAUUCAAUGUCUCAGGAAGAUGAAUUCGUCUCAAGAGUUAAACAGCAGUGGAGGGCUGCAGAGUUUGCACUUGGAUGCAGAGAGCAUUCUCAAAGAUGUAUCAGAAAUGGAAAAUGAACUUCUCUGCAUAGAAGCAGAGUUACAGCAGGAAGAAAGUGCUAGAAAAGAAACAAUACAGUUCUGGGAAGCUUGUUCAGGAACUCACUGGGAUGCAGAGGAACUGAAAGAAGAACUAAAGAAAGAUAAUGAAAGACUCUUGCAAGUCUUUAAAUUCUGGACUCCUAAAGUAAAGAUACUCCUUGAACUUUCUUCAGAGCUAGAUGCCAGAACUGCCAAUUAUAGUAAAAAUGCUGAUGCUGAAUUAAAGCAGAGAAAAGAGAAAAAUGAAGAGUUGCUUCAGGAUCUAAACACUCUAAAAGAAAAACUGGCCCCUGUUGGCUUUGCCAGUCUGGCAUUAGAAGAAGAAAAUUAUAAGCUUCAUAAUAAGUUAAAGGCUGCAGAACAAGAUAAAAAGGCUAUGGAAGUAAAAAUUCAGAAGUUGGAAAAUGUAAUAUAUGAAGUAGGAGACAGUGUCAAAGAGAAAGAUGAUAAGAUAAGCAAGCUACAAGCACAGAUAAGAAUAAGAACAGAGACAAGUGAGCUCACUCAGCUGCAAGCCAAACUGAAUGAGAUGGAUAAUUGCCUCAGGACUGCCUUAACAGAGAAGCAGAGUCUUCAGGCAAAAUUAGAUAAAGGUGCUGAGCUGUACAAAGAAGAAAUUGACCAUCUCAAAACACAAUUGGUAAAAUGUGAUCUGGAAAGAAUGAAACAAUCCAACUCCUUUGAAGUGAAACUUGCUAAUUAUAAAGCCCUUGCAGAACACCGUGAACAACAGUUAACAAAGCUAAAAGAAGAACUGAGAAGAGCACACCAAGAGCAAGAUGUUACUGUGCUGAAAGAAGCAGAUCCUCAGCAAUCCCAAAUACCCCUUACUUGUGGUGGUGGCAGUGGUAUUGUGCAGAGCACACAAAUACUUGUUCUAAAAUCUGAACAAGCCAAGCUACAGAAAGAGAACUUGCAGCUGAAGAAACAAAAUGACCUUCUACUGAGUGAUGAACUUCAGCUGAAAGAGGAACUCAGGAAAUGGAAAGAAAGAGCACUAAAAUGGAGAGAACGAUCCUCAAGAGAAACUACUCGAGACACAAUACCAAAGUCUCCUAAGAAGGCAGUGUCAUAUUUCUUUAAAGAACAAAUGCCUUCACCCUGCAAGGAAACUGUUUCUCAGGAAACAGUAACUCAGGACCUACCAAAGCCUCUGUCUCUGACUUGUCCUACAAAUUUCUUUGAUAAUUCCAACUUGGGUGUGCUAACAGAUACACAACCUGCGGGCACAGAGUCCACAGAAGAACAUCUUAAGCACUUGUUUGGGACUUCAGACAGAGAUAAAGCCCCUGAUUGUAGCACCCAGUAAAGAUGCUUUGUCGUAAGCUGCCUUUACAGUCCCUGCAGCCACAAUCUGCAUACACAAAAGAAAAUUGCUUCAGGUUAAAAACCGUCAGCUUCUUCCAGCUUUGCUGUCUUGGAGUUUCUACUUCCCGCAACUUGGAAAGCUGAAAUAUGAGGACAAAGAUGGAAAAACAGAUGUUGUCCCACAGCCUGCUAAUCUGUUGAUGUUCUGCUUAGGUGUUUUGAUGUGGAUUUUUUUGAUGGCAAAGAGACGCUAAUGUAUUUGAAGAAAAAAAAUGGAAAAAAGGACUGGAUCACAAACUAAUCUACUGUGAAACUUCUCAGUUUCAAGCUUUUCAUUCUGUCAUUCCUAAAACAGCCCUUUUCUAGGGUGUUGAUAUUUAUAUCUUCAGAGUGCUGUUGACUUGGCAAGAAAUAUUCUUUUUGUUUCUUAGCAUGUGGUUUUUAUACCGUAUUUUCUUUAGGCCAACAGAAACUGCAUUUUCACCACAAUCUUGACUUCUUUGGACACUGCAACCGAAGUUACUGAUCUUCUGUUUGUAGAGCACACAAUCAAGGGUUCCUCUUAAACUCCUUAAAAGUUUCUGCAGCUCAGCCAAUUAUGGUACCGUGAGUAACUCUGAAUUUUGCAUCCUUUUUCAAUAUACCUGUCUGAAGUUGUGUAUUGGAUUUUUUUUAAAUAGUAAGCAAUGGACUUCACAUUCUUCUGCUGCUCCCUUCUAGUGAAGGGAAAACAAACUAGAUCACUGGGGCAAGAUGGACUCUCUUAAUAACCUACUUAUCUGUAUUGUGAGACCUACAUUUUGUAUGUUUUAUAUAAGAAAUUUUAACUUCACAAUAAAAUUUAAUGUGUUAAAUAUGUAAAAAUGGUUUUGCUGUUCACUUGUGCUAUGAUCCAAGGAUGCUGACUGCAACAUUCAGUGCCUAAAUGCUACCAAAUUACUAUCUUUUAUACUGAUUUCAUCACUUCCAUCAUUAUUAUUCUUCUUGUCUCAAUCCUUUAUAACCUUCUGCAGCAAUUACUUGUGCAGAAGUUUACUGUUGUCAGAGUUUUAUUUAAUUCUUUGAGUUUAUCAGAAAAUGGUUGAAGUCUAAAACAUAGAUCCUCUCCUCUGUGCCCUCCACUGCCAACUAAACAGGAGUUGGGCACUCAGAAUCUGCAAUCAACUCCAUUAAGGAUGAAAUCAUCAUGAGAUGAGAAAGUAAUACCUAAGGAAGAUAGCUGCAUCAAAAGCAUCAUCCUUAUUUUAUAUUAAUAAAUCUCUGCGAUGCGAGGUCCUGUUUGGGUCACCCAAACACAAGCAAAUGGGUACAAGUACUGACAUGUUCCUGAGCAUUCAGCAGUUACUGGAACUGGGGGAGUCACACAAGGAUUAGAUACCUCAUGGAUGUACUUCUUAAGCAAAGAACCAACCUCCUAUUUACUUUGAAUGGUUGAAAACUGCCAACUACUGUACCUACUAAGAAGGUGCAAGGAUUUAUCUCAAUCUCUGGCCUGGAAUGUGUUUUGGGAAGCUUUUAAAGGUGUGAUGAGCCAAAAAUAUACAAGUUAUAAAUACCAUUACAGAGUUGAUUGCUGCAAUGUCUUCUU